GGUUUGUUUGCGGGCUCCUUCCACCUUCGAGGAAGCUUCCUCGGUGGACACGGUGGCGAUCUCCCAGCUCUGACCAUCGUCAAACUUGAAUCCCUCUUCUUCUUUUCUUUUUUUUUUAAGUCCCAUCAUCUUGCUGGGGUGGAGAAUUUUAUUAUUAGAAAGAGACCUAAUCACUGGUUAUCGUCUCUCUCGCGCCCGAGGGUCGCCGGCCGGCUGGCGUUUUCCCAAUUGGAUCUUUGUCUCCCCCGCACGUACCCCACACUCCACGCGGGGAUCUUGAUGUCGGAUCUACUGAAGAGCAUCGUAGGAGAGGAGGGAUCCCGCGUCGUUCGGCGGAUCGCGAUCCCCUCUUGCCGGUUCUUUAAUUUUCGUAGACAAUAAAGGUGGGUAGGAGGAAAGAUUUUGGUGAUGCAAUCUGAAAGGGAAGACUUGGAAAUUGAGAUGGAGACACUUGUCAGUUCAUCACAAUCUGCAGUAAAGACACCACACGUAGAGAUACCUCAUAAUGUGUCACUUUCAAAUGGUGCUAUGUCAUGGACCCUUUCAAGAUUAUUUGAACGACUAUGGAAGAAUGUAAAAGUUGUUAUAUUUACAGCGAAGAUCAAUAUGUUGCUACCAUUUGGACCCAUGUCGAUCAUUCUCCAUUACCUUACUAAAAAUCAUGGACUGGUUUUUUUCUUCAGUUUGAUAGGCAUAACUCCGUUAGCUGAGCGUUUGGGUUAUGCGACUGAACAGCUUGCCUUCUACACUGGACCCACAGUCGGGGGCCUUCUAAAUGCUACAUUUGGAAAUGCAACAGAGAUGAUCAUAGCUAUUUAUGCAUUGAAACAUGGAAUGAUUCGUGUAGUCAAACAAUCAUUGCUAGGCUCUAUAUUAUCAAAUAUGCUCUUAGUUCUUGGUUGUGCUUUCUUCGCUGGUGGGAUCGUUCAUUCCAAGAAAGAUCAGGUCUUCAACAAGGCAGCUGCAGUCGUAAAUUCAGGGUUGCUGCUGAUGGCUGUAAUGGGCCUACUGUUUCCAGCUGUUCUUCACUUUACACACUCAGAGGUGCAAUAUGGAAAGUCAGAGGUUUCUCUUUCAAGGUUUAGCAGUUGUGUGAUGCUCGUAGCUUAUGCUAGCUACCUUGUUUUUCAACUGAAGAGCCACCGCAACCUUUACAGUCCAAUUGAUGAAGAAGACAGGCAGAACGAGGAUGAUCCUGAUGAAGUGGAAGUUCCGGAGUUAGGCCAAUGGGAAGCAAUUUCAUGGCUUGCUGUUUUGACCAUUUGGGUCUCCAUUCUUUCUGAAUACCUUGUUAAUGCCAUAGAGGGAGCAUCCGACUCAUUGAACCUGCCCGUGGGAUUUAUUAGUGUCAUUUUGCUUCCUAUUGUUGGCAAUGCUGCUGAACAUGCAAGUGCAAUUAUGUUUGCCAUGAAGGAUAAACUUGACAUAACAUUAGGGGUUGCAAUUGGAUCAUCUACACAAAUAUCGAUGUUUGUGAUUCCUUUCUGUGUGGUUGUUGGUUGGAUAACGGGAAAACAGAUGGACUUGAAUUUUCAAUUAUUUGAGACAGCUACCCUCUUUAUAACAGUACUGGUUGUGGCAUUUAUGCUACAGGAAGGCACUACAAACUAUUUCAAGGGGCUAAUGCUUAUUCUGUGCUAUUUAAUUGUUGCUGCCAGUUUUUUUGUGCAUGUGGAUCCUGCAGACGGUAAUGUUUAAUGCUGAAAAAGCCAGUUAGCCUUGCUUGGUGUCAACAGUACAAGAUACAUGCCAACUAGCACACUGUGAAACAUGUUCUCCAUAAUGAGUUUUAAGGCAUGAUGGAAUUGUAAAAGGUCCUCGAUUGCUCAACUGCUUUAGCUCCAUAGCCUUAUGUUGGCUUGAUAUUGUGGUUAUUAAGAGAGGCUUCUCUUUUAGCUAUGUUGUAGCAAUUCAAGAGGUGAAGGUUUUGUAAUCUUUUAUGUAUCUAAUUCUUUCCUUACAGAGUCUGAAUUCCCCUUGCCAUGGAAAACAGCCUUCAUUGCCUCAGAUCUUGGGAUUGUUUUUGUGAGGAAUUCUGUCAGCAUGUCUUCAUUUUACAAUGGUCUUAUGGAGCUGGGUGUACAUUAUGACAUUGUACUAAUUAUUACCACUGGAAUGCAACAACAUGCACGGCAUUGCAAUAUGCAAACAAUAUUUGUCAAAUUAGAACUCAUUUAUAAGGUUGCAUUGAGAAUGGGGGUGAUUGGAGGAUAUAAUAGUGGAAUAGAGGUAUGGUUUUGUCUGUAACAUUUACUGUUAAAAAACAUUUGAGAAUAAAAGGCUUGAUUCAAAGUUUUCUAGACAAA